CUGCAAAGAGGUGGUUGGCGGCGGAGGAAGCUCGCUGCAAAGUGGAGGUUCCCUGCAAGGAGCCUCGCGGAACGUCGGGGGUUUGCAGACGCGGGUAAAAGUUGCAUGGGGAUCGCGGGUGCAGAUGAGUGCAGGCCAGGUCGGAAGGAAGGAGAAGGCCGACAGGAGCCCGCCGAGGAUGCGGGACUCCGGAACCUGCACUCGCCCGCCCCUCGCUCCUCUACUAGAGGCCUCCCGGGGAUCUGGGUCUCUACUAGCGGGUUCCCGGGGACCUGGGUCCCCGGGGAUCUGGGUUCGGCUUCCGGGCGCGGAGGGCUCCGGGCUCCAUUCCGGAGCAGGCAUCGCAGGCAGCAGUAGACCCUCAGGGUGUGCGGGCUGAUUGGAACUGGCAGGGCGGGAGAACCGGGGUCCCCAAAGGGGAUCCUCCAGAAUGCCAAAUGCAGAGAGCAACAUCGCCUCAGAGGAGCAGAAGAAAGAGGAAGACUCAGCUGCAGGUCAGGAGACAGAGCAGCCUCCUCUCCUCUCCGGGAAUCCAGGGUCCCAGCUCAGGGAUCACGGUCACCACCUUCUGGACUCGAUCAACACACGCCUGGGCCAGCUGCAGGUUCUAGGUUUGAGAGACAGUGGCAACCAGAUGGCUGGAGAGAACUCAGCACAGAGUCCGGCCAGCCAUGCCCCCCAGCCAGCUUUCAGGCACAACUCCAGGACGAUCUGGGGAAACACAUCCAGAUUCUUCAGCAGCAGCAGCAGCAACCAGAGGACCAGGGGGGAGCUGGACACCGUGGAGGCCCAGGCUGAGCCCAGCUGGAAGAGUCCUGCCAGAACCUGGAGGUCUGGAUGGCACAUUGCCAAUGAAGAGCCCUUCUGGUGGCCAGAGUGGACUCCUCCAGAAGGGGCAGCUGAGGGCCCGGGUACUGAUGGGACGGACCCACUCCAGCUGCAGGUGUCCUGGGAGCCUCAGAGCAGGCCGGUCCUGGCGCUGAGAGCCGCGGAGCCAGAGCAGGAACCAGGGGGAAGGUUCGAGGACCCGGAGAGGUGCCGGACGGACAGGGAGCCGGAGCAGCUUCAGGGCAGGGAGGAGGCGGCAGCGGGAACAGCUGCGGCAGCGUGGACCCUGGCGGCAGCUCCAGAGAAGCGGAGAGAGGAGCACAGCCAGCAGCUGCAGGUGGUGCAAGAGGUGCUGGAGGAAAAGGAUGCAACACUGGCCCAGCUGAGGCAGGAGCUUGGAGAGGCCCGGCGCUCCCUGCUGGAGGAGCAGAGCCGGUGGGAGGGCGAGAAGGAGGUGGCAUUGCAGCAGCAGCGGGAGAUGCUGGAGGAGCAGAGCCGGCAGGCCCAGGCGGAGGCCGGGAUGGCCCUGGAGACGGAGCGGCAGGCCAGCCAGGUUCUGCAGGGCCGCGUGGCGGAGCUGCAGGCGCAAGUGGAACAGUUGGAGCGCCACGUCCAGCAGCUGCAGGUCGAGAAGGAGAAGGAGACCCAGCUGCGGCUCCGCCUGCAGGAGCAGCUGCUGGAGGAUUCCAGAGUGCUGCGGGAGGAGGCCAACCUGGAGAGAGCCCGAGACCAGGAGCAGUGGGGGGCCGAACUCCAGCAGCUGCAGGCUGAACUGAGGGAGGCAUCGGGCCGUGAGGAGGCUGUGUUGGCGCAGCUGGAGCGGGCAGAUAGGGCGGUGGUCCUGGCCUGUCAGCAGCUGCAGAGCCUGCUCCCAGAGCCCCUGGCCAGCCCCCCUGCCCUGGCCGCCGCAGCCCGUGGGUGA